UUUUUCUAAUCGUCACGAGGCAGUUUGUUCUGCCAGACUACGCCUGUGCAGUAAAGACACCUUGGUCAAGGGGAUAGGAGAAAACGAAGGAUAACUAGGGCUAGGGUAACAGGUUAAGAUGUACUUGAGAAAGAUAACUAGUCUGAUGAACAAUUUGCACUUCAAACAAAUAUUGGUUCCUUCGGUGAAUCUGUACAGCUUUUCUGUGAAACAACAAAAACAAUCGAGUGAAGAAUCGAACCAAAAACCUUUGAAAUAUUUUGGAAGCCAAGCCUCUCGCUGGACUGCACAGGACAGUAGAAGUGGACCGAAACGGGAUAUUCCAUGGUUCCAACCGUACGUGGUUAAUUUCAGCGUCGCAAUUUUUCUUAUUUACUUUUGCCUUCUAAGAGAGGAAAACGAUAUCGAUCAGAGUCUUGAUCGAUCUCUUUUUGAACAUGUACCUGGAUUGGAAGAAAAGCAAUUGAUUCUAAGCUACCACUACAAUAAGGAGCAUGGGCUACCGACUGGGGAUAUAGAGAUGCGAAUGACGGAAUUAGGAAUGAAACCCGAAACCAUCGGCUGAAUGUACAACUAGAAUAAACGAUUGAAAUAGUAGCGAACCUAAAGACAAUUUAGUAAAAACCC